CACGGCUUUCACUUUCGUUUCUGUAGCUUGUACUACUUACUUUCCGGGGUACUUGUAACGUCUGCCGCCACUACCUCUGCUAACCGACAAGAAGGACGACGCCAGGCCUGCCGAGGACAGUUCGCCAGAGGGGGAAGGAGGCUGUUUCCAUGCUGAGCAGUGUCACCUCAGUUGCAGCAGCUUCCUGAAAGACCUGGGAGCAAUGGAAAGGAAAAGGCUGAGAGUAGAUGGAAUUCCGACUGACAUCCCAGCUGGACGUGCAAAGGAUAAACUCACCAUACAUUUCCUGAGGAGCAGAAAUGGGGGAGGAGAGGUGGAAAGCAUCGACAUUAUACAAGGAAAUCCAACUUAUGCCAUUGUUACGUUUGAAGAUGAUGAAGUGGUUCAGCGCGUUCUGAGAAUCAAAGAUCACAUUUUGCAAGUCAAUGACAAAAUCUACAACCUUGUGGUCAGCGAGGUUACUGUCAAGCUGGAGCUUGAGGAGGUGUUUCAGAAGCUGUCGUUGACUGUAAACUACAAAAAUUUCCCAGAAAGCUGUAGAAGUCUUCUGAAGAACUUGAAACAGACUCAUAAGGCUGUGAAGUUUGAUUUUGAUGAAAAAUCCAUGAUGUGUACUAUAAGUGGGCCAUAUACAGAGAUUCAGACCUUGGCACAGGAAAUCUUAAGUAAAUUAGAAAUUGGACAUACAAACUUAAAGCAAAUCUCAUCAGAUACACGAAGGAAAGCCAAGAGUGACCGUCUUAAAAAUUCAGAGCCUCAAGAUCUACCACAACACUUGCAUCAAAGAUCUGUGCCUCCUUACGGAAGUGCAGACGAAGUAAGAUAUAUUCCACAGACUGAGUCCUUAGAGCAGCUACAAGAACCAUUUGUGUGGGAUUCUGAUAUCUUCAAAUACAUACAAAAAUUCCACAAUUUGGAGUAUCAGGAGAUACUAAACAGAUAUCAUGUUGGAACAGUGAAUGAAAGUGCAGAAGAAAUCACCACAAUUUAUCUUCAACCUGUAAAAGUGGGUAAAAACCAUCUGGCAGACUUGAGAUCUGCACGAUCCAGGCUCAUGGGUCUUUAUCAAGGCUUAGAGCUACUUCUUCGGAAGGAGCAGAUAGACAAGAGAGAUGUUUAUGAAGAUCAGGACUUUGGGGUACUGUUACGAGACUUCCAAAAACUAUUUCCUAUGCUUCUUUGUCACGAUGAUGACCGAUAUCUGUACCUUAUUGGAAAUGGGGUUGAUGUGGCUCAAGGGAAACAGCACAUCAGUGAUUUAAAACUGAAGGUUGACAGGCCAUCAAGUUAUCUAGACACACAACUUAAGGGUAGUGGGACAGUUACAAUGUCAGAAGGAGUAUCCCAUUCUUUGUCCCCCAAUUACAAGCAUGAGAGCAAAGUUGGAAGCAGGAUAGCUGCCUCAUUUAGUGGUCCCACAACACAUAGCUCAUACGGAACAAAGUCCCACAUAGAUGAAAAAUACCUGAUAUCAUCAAAUAGUCAUAGCAGUCAGUUACUAGAUCGUGAAAGAGAGCCACCUUAUGACAGGACAUCUCUCAGAUCUGAAAUGACAAGUGCCCUUCUUAAGACUGAAGAUUUUAGUGUUUCCCAAGCAGAAGAGAAAUCAGAAAGCAAGACCAUGCCAUCGUUCAAAAGAUGUGAUGUACUCCCAGCUUUAAAAACUGGCAGAGAAGAUAUAAGGCACAGCAGAAGCACCUCUAAACCCACAGGUCCACUCAAAUCUGUCCCAUUUACUAAAGCAUCAAGUGAACUAGCCUACUCUAGCCUGGUAGAUGUGACCUCGCCACCCAUGGACUUUAAAAUACCGGAAGGUAAACUUAGAAGAUCCAGUAGUUUAACCCGUAUCUAUUCAAAAGAGAAUGCUUCUUCUGAGAAACACAGCGAUGCACAGAUAUUCAAAGAUGAAGUUGUUGUGACUGAUUUGCUGUGGCAUUAUAUUAAACAAAAUUAUAAAUCUGACAUCGAUAGUUGGUGUUCUGCGGUUGUGUUAAUGGAGGAGAAGCAAAAUGGGAAAAUUACUUUAAAGCUGAAGGCAACUAACAAAACUGUUUUGACUUUAACAAAGGAAAGGCUUCAGCUAUUAUGUUGGAAAGAGGACAUAAUUGUAACCAGCUCUUGCUUUGACUAUACCACACUUGGGGUUAAAGGUCCAACCGACAUUGCGCUAGAUGAGUGGUGCAAUCUGUUCCGUAAAUGCUCUAAAAAAGUAUGUAUUAAGCUAGAGGAAGAUAAACUGGUCCUUAUAUAUCCCAAAGAAAUUCAGGUACAUGUUGUAGAAGAGUACAGUCAGCACAUAGAACGCAAAACGAAGUCAACUAGGGAUGAUAAGAUGCCAGAUGAUGGUCAGUCUUUACAUCUAAAAGACAAAUUUGAGUUCUCUGGCAAUAACAUGUCUGAAAAUUAUAUUGCAGAGUUGAAGCAUAAGCAAAGCUCAGAAGACAAUUUUUUCAGCAAACCAAACCUUGGACCUUUAUCUGUUAAUUUAGGAGGUGAAUAUAUGUCUCAAACUAACAAGAAUCAAGCUGGAAAAUAUCUAGCAGAUCAGACAUAUUCCCUGGUUGGAACAGAGCUAUUCCAAGGAAUCGACUAUGGAAACAAAGCCUUUUUUGACAAUCCAGUACCAUCUUUUCUAGGUGAAAAGUCUCCUCAUCCCAAAAAACUGAAAGAUUUUGGUGAGGACCCAAAAAGUAGCUUGUCAUCCGAGGUGCCUCAAACUGAUCUCUCUACUCCAAGAAAAUAUUUUGAAGAUCUGAAGACAGAAGUGAAGGCUUAUGAUCAUGGUCCUUAUAACAGCGACGUAACACAAGGAAUUGACUUCUCUCCACCUAAUGAGACUGAUUUGGAAGCACGUUAUGAUGACCAGGCCAUCUCUACAGAGGGUCACAUAGCACAGUAUCAGAACAGUUCAUCUCAGCUGCGGAUUCCAGCAGUUGGCCAAGAAUCAGAGAUAAUGGAUUCAGUUUGUGUCCAGUGUAAGAACAGUGGCAAAACUAUUCAAACAUCAUCUGGUCAGAAUCUGUGUUAUAAAUGUUAUGUAACAUUUGACGUCUCUGCUAUUAAUGGUACAACAACAGGCAAAGGUAGCUUGAGAGCCUCCAUGACUCGCGCAAGAAUGAGCCUUCGUUUACCUGGGUAUGAGCGAGAUACUUCUUUGAAGAUAAUAUAUAACGUUCCGGAUGGAGUCCAAGAGGCUGGAGAUCCUAAACCAGGAUGCCAGUACAAAGGUGGCAAGUUUGAAGCAUUCCUGCCAGAUAAUCGAGAGGGGAACAAGCUUCUUACACUGCUCCAGAGGGCCCUGCAGGAAGGCCUCAUAUUUCACAUCAGGACAUUUGAAACAGGCGAUAAAGUCACAUGGUACAAAAUUCCUCAUAAAACCUCCCCGGACGGAGGAAAGCAAAAGAAUGGAUACCCAGAUUCGGCAUACAUGAAAUCUACUAUUGCUCUCCUGAAGCAAAAUGGCAUUGAAUAAGACUACUUAGACUUGUGGAGAGUACAGAAGCCUGCAGAGUAUUGCUAUCAGUACAUUCCUUUCUUUCAUAUCUACGAAUGUGAAGUUAUUACUGACUUCAUACUUUGGAUAGAAUGGCAUAACUGUGCAGCAAAUUGCUAGAAGUCUACAGAAGAUUUGUUUGCGGUUUCAUUGUACAGAAUUUUACCGAAAAGAAGAAAUCUCGCCCUAGAGCAGUAUCACUAUACAUUCUCCAUUUUUCCAUAAUUCACUCCAAACAUCAGGUCCAGUAGCUGGAUAAUCAAGGGUGAAUCAGUCUAGAUUUUCGUAAGGGUGCUUUUUUAUGCUUGCACCCAAGUAAUGGGUGCCACACCACUAUUGCUGCCAGUUGCCAGUCUACAUCUGUACUUUUCACAGCUUAGCCUAGGCCAUGUGUCGUCAUGUUAAUGGCCUAGGUGCAGCUCAGCCCCAUCAAAAUUAAUGGGGUUGAGCUGCUCUACCAAACACAGUUGCUAUACAAUGUACAGCGAUGUGCUUGGUAAGCUGAGAGAAGGCUGCAGCACUACUGCAAGCACUGGUGCCUUCUCAAACAACUGAUCGGCGGGCGUCGCAGGUGUUGGACCCAGAUUCAGAGGAAAAGUCAUCCAUAGAAAAGUCCCGGAAAACCUUUUUAAGGUGCACCACAGCGGUUGGAGGUAAACAUGGUACCAUACAUGUGGCCCUAAUUCAUGUUUAAUAGCACUGUAACCUAGAUUUUAGUAGUCUGAACCUACAGAAAAUGGGCACUGCCACCCAUUCUUUAUCAAGAUUAAUCACUGUCAGGCACACACUAAAUUGAUUUGUGACUAGUUUGAUCAGAAAUAAUGAUCAAUUAGUGAAAAACCCUUUGUUUGAUUUAAUCAGGUUAGAAAUCGAUGCCAUCGUGCCAGGGGCGGACUGGGAACUUAAAGUGGCCCUGGAAAAAACCCCAAAAUGUAGCCCGAUAUUGUAGAUGGGUCCCAAUUAAUAGAAGGCAGGGCCAGCAAAACCAAAUACCACAGUGCAGCAGAAAACACUGCUGCCCACGCUGCAUCAUUCGUGCGGUGCCACCAUCCUGAGCAUGGCGAUGCAGUUGAACACAGGAGGAAACUUCUUCUGCCAGCCAGAUGCAUAAUUACUUGAUGCUCCUAGCUUUAAUUGAUGCUCAGAGCAUCAGAUCAUUAAGUACCUGGCCAGUGGCCAUGAGGAGGGCUCAGGUGGUCCCUGGUUAUUGGCCCCCUGGGAAAUUUCCCUGUAGGGUCUAUAGCCAGUCCGCCCAUGCACUUUGCCUCUCUACAAAAAAUAAGGUUGCUCCUCAACAUUGGACACAGUUUAGCUGUUGUCAAAAGCUGAAGAGCAACUUAAAUGACAAAAAACAAAUGUCAUAGAAAUGGAGUUGUGCUUUAAAGUCGAUUGACCCAGCAGAGGAGGUGCGAGGAUAAAGAUGAAGUGAAUGCACACUUUUAUAUAUAUAUAUAUAUAUAUAUUUUAAUUCUCACUUGAGUUUUAUUUUAGCAACAUGUGCUAACAGAGGUUUAUUUCACGUAACUACAGCUUUCAGGGCAAAACAAGUAAAAGUGUGGAGACAUCACGAGCUGAAAUGGGAUAGACAUUUGUUCUUAGUGACUGUCAGCAGUCACAGCAGUUAAACAUUGUCUUACAGAGGAUAGACCAGCUCCAUAGAAAAGUUUAAUCGAUUUCUGUAUAAAUUACAUUCCUCAGGCCGAAUUCACAUCUCCAUAUCCAGAUUUUUUUUUAUGCAAAACUUUUUUUAUACUGUGGUUGAUCAGUUUUUUGUGUCCUCAGUAGUGUUGAGCGAACUUGUGGUUUCAAUUUUGGCAUACAAGU